AUGAAAGAAGAGAAAACCAAUCCGCAACAAACCCGCCAAAAAUCAGCCACUAGCAGGUCAAAAAAACGAUCUACCAAGUCUAAAAGCCAGCCGCGCAGCGCCGCUCAGGAGCUUAGUCAACUUAAAAAGGAACUUAAAGCGCUCCGCGCCAGUUUAACUAACUUAGAAAGUCAAAACUUAGUUUUAAAACUGGAGAACCAAAAAAACAUCGCUGAUUUUCAAGCUAAAGCGAAAAGUUUUCAAACUAAGGCUCAAGCUGAAAUCGAAAAGGUUAAGCAGAAUCUGAACCAGCAAAUUGAGCACGAAAAAGGGCAAAUUCGCCGCUACGGCGCGCAGUCGCUAGUUGAAAAAAUUAUCGGACCAAUCGUCAACAUUGAACAAGCGCUCCAAGUCGGUUCGCAGCAAAAAGACCCGGCUGUCCGGGCUUACUUAACUGGUUUUAAAAUGCUUUUUGACCAGCUCAGCGAAGGUUUGAGUCAAGCUGGGCUAAUCAAAAUUAACCCCCGCGUGGGCGAUGAGUUUGACCCAGAAAUUCACCACGCUCUUUCAACCGAAAAAAAAUCUCACCACGCCAAUAAAAUCACCGUCGUUAAACAAGUCGGUUACAAACUUCACGACCGGGUAAUCAAGCCGGCCUUAGUCGUGGUCGGCAGUUAG